AUGGAGGCUCUGGAUGUUGACCGAACUGUUCUCUAUAAAAUGAAGAAAUCUGUCAAAGCUAUAAACAUAUCUGGUCUGGCUCAUGUGGAAAAUGAAGAACAGUAUACACAAGCACUGGAGAAAUUUGGAGGCAACUGUGUUUGCAGGGAUGACCCAGAUUUGGGAACAGCGUUUUUAAAAUUUUCUGUGUUUACAAAGGAAUUAACUGCACUCUUCAAAAAUUUGAUUCAGAAUAUGAACAACAUAAUCACUUUUCCAUUGGAUAGUUUGCUGAAGGGAGAUCUGAAAGGGGUAAAAGGGGACCUGAAAAAACCCUUUGAUAAAGCUUGGAAGGACUAUGAAACUAAAGUUACGAAAAUAGAGAAGGAGAAAAAAGAGCAUGCAAAGCUGCAUGGGAUGAUCCGUACAGAAAUAAGUGGAGCUGAGAUUGCAGAAGAGAUGGAGAAAGAAAGAAGGUUCUUCCAGUUACAGAUGUGUGAGUACCUCCUGAAAGUCAAUGAAAUCAAGAUUAAAAAAGGAGUGGACUUGCUUCAGAACUUGAUCAAGUAUUUUCAUGCUCAGUGCAAUUUCUUUCAGGAUGGGUUAAAAGCAGUUGAAAGUCUCAAGCCUUCAAUUGAGACACUCUCUACAGAUCUUUAUACUAUUAAACAAGCACAAGAUGAGGAAAGAAGACAAUUAACACAGCUUAGAGAUAUCCUAAAAUCAGCACUCCAGGUUGAUCAGAAAGAGGAUUCUCAGAUUCGUCAGAGUACAGCUUACAGUUUACAUCAGCCUCAGGGAAACAAGGAACAUGGCACUGAACGAAAUGGUAGUUUGUACAAGAAAAGUGAUGGAAUCCGAAAAGUGUGGCAGAAAAGGAAAUGCUCAGUUAAAAAUGGUUUUCUUACAAUUUCCCAUGGUACAGCUAACCGACCUCCAGCAAAGCUCAAUCUGUUAACCUGCCAAGUGAAAACAAACCCUGAGGAGAAAAAAUGUUUUGACCUCAUAUCACAUGACAGAACGUACCACUUUCAAGCAGAGGAUGAACAGGAAUGUCAAAUAUGGACAUCUGUGCUACAAAACAGCAAAGAGGAAGCUUUAAAUAAUGCAUUCAAAGGAGAUGAUAACACAGGAGAAAAUAAUAUUGUCCAGGAACUGACAAAAGAAAUUAUAUCUGAAGUCCAGAGGAUGACUGGAAAUGAUGUGUGUUGUGACUGUGGAGCACAAGAUCCUACCUGGCUUUCAACAAAUUUGGGAAUUCUGACUUGCAUUGAAUGCUCAGGAAUCCAUAGAGAACUUGGUGUUCACUAUUCCAGAAUGCAAUCACUUACAUUAGAUGUGCUGGGAACAUCUGAACUUUUGCUUGCAAAGAAUAUUGGGAAUGCUGGUUUUAAUGAGAUUAUGGAAUUCUGUCUGCCACUUGAUGAGAUGGUCAAACCUAAUCCAAGCAGUGAUAUGAAUGCAAGAAAAGAUUAUAUUACUGCCAAGUAUAUUGAGAGAAAAUAUGCAAGGAAAAAGCACGCUGACAAUGCAGCUAAAUUACAUGCUCUUUGUGAAGCAGUCAAAUCAAGAGACAUUCUUGGAUUAGUCCAAGUAUAUGCUGACGGUGUGGAUCUCACAGAAAAAAUUCCAUUGGCUAAUGGCCAUGAGCAAGACGAAACAGCACUUCACCUUGCUGUUAGGUCAGUUGACCGAACAUCCCUUCAUAUAGUUGACUUUUUAGUGCAGAACAGUGGCAAUCUAGAUAAGCAAACAUGUAAAGGUAGUACAGCCCUGCAUUACUGCUGUCUGACGGACAACGUUGAGUGCCUCAAACUGCUGCUGAGAGGGAAGGCUUCUAUUGAAAUAGGUAAAAGGAGUGUGUUGGUCUAGUUUGAUAUAGCUAAACUAUUAAAACAUACUCACUGUGAAGAGUUGCUUACUCAAGCACUGUCUGGAAGAUUUAAUUCUCAUGUUCAUGUAGAAUAUGAAUGGCGGUUACUCCAUGAAGAUCUUGAUGAAAGUGAUGAUGAUGUCGAUGAAAAGCUGCAGCAACCCAGUCCCAAUCGGAGAGAGGACAGGCCUGUCAGCUUCUAUCAACUUGGAUCAAACCAGCUUCAGCCUAAUGUAGCAUCCUUGGCAAGAGAUGCAGCUAACAUUGCUAAGGAUAAGCAAAGAGGAUUUAUGCCAAGUAUACUGCAGAAUGAAACAUAUGGAGCAAUACUCAGUGGCAGUCCACCUCCCAUUCAGCCUGCAGUACCUGUUACAAGUAGUGCGCCUCCUCUACCUCCAAGGAAUAUCGGCAAAGUUCAGCCUUCAGUUCUUGGCAGUGGUAUUCAGACAAUUUCUUCAUCUAAUGCAAUGUGGAAGACAAAUUCUUUAGGAGUGGAAAGUAUAAGCAGGCAGAGGUCUUCAUCAGAUCCACCAGCUAUUCAUCCCCCUGUGCCGCCAUUGCGUGUAACAUCUACAAAUGUGCUUUCUCCAGCACCACCGCCUCCAGUGGCAAAGACAGCCAGCAUUAUAGAAGCUUUGAACCAGCAAUCUAAACAGCAACCAGCUCUUCCACAAACUAAGCCAACCCCACCACCACUGCCCCCACAACCUCCUAGUAGAAUCUCUCAAAAAAAGCCUAUUCCUGGGACUGAGAAGUCAUCUGGCUUAACUAACAAAGGGCAGUCCAGAGGACUUGGAUCUCUACAACAAACUGCAGCAGGAGAGUCGUCUUCUGCAUGUGAAAUUCCAGUAACACAAACUGGUUCUACAACAAAUACUUUGGCACAGAUCCAGCCACCAGCACCAAUGCCAAGGAAAUCACAAAUAUCAAAAACUAAACCCAAGAGAGUAAAAGCAAUUUACAACUGUGUAGCAGAUAACCCAGAUGAGCUAACUUUUUCAGAGGGAGAUAUUAUUGUAGUUGAUGGUGAAGAAGAUCAGGAGUGGUGGAUUGGCCAUAUUGAUGGAGAUCCCAGUCGGAAAGGAGCUUUCCCUGUAUCAUUUGUGCACUUUAUUGUUGAUUAAUUGCUACUGAUAAGUGGAGACAUUUCUCAUUUCCAGCGGUCACAGAAAUAAGUUUUGCUCUAUUUCAUUUCAUCUACCUAUCUGCAGACAGCUUGCCAGAGCACUGCCCAAGUCCUAGGUACUGUAGCUUACUUUUUUAUUGCCAUCGUUCUGAUUUUGGGACUUUUAAAACUUUUUUUCUAUGUGAAAACUUCUCAUGAGCAGUUUACACUUU